AUGCUUGGCCUACAACCACAGACCACCACCCCUCAGCCACCACCACCCCCACAACAUGAUUUCAAUGUUCCUCGCAAACCCACUAACCUCUCCUUUCAAAGCCCAAACUCCACUCCCCAAUCCAUGCAUCUUUCUACAGCAGCCCACCACACCCAUCUUUCACUACUUGAUAAACAAAUUGAUUCAAGCACUUACGCUUCACUUCUUGAAUCUUGCAGAACCCUUAACCUAGGAAAACAAGUUCAUGCCCACACCCUCAAAACUGGGUUUCAUGGUCAUGAGUUUGUUGAAACCAAAUUGCUACAAAUGUACGGGAGAUUUGGUUGUUUGGAUGAUGCAAACUUGGUGUUUGUAAAAAUGCCCCAAAGAAACUUGUACUCUUGGACAGCCAUUCUGAGUGUUCAUGUAGAUCAUGGUUACUUUGAGGAAGCUCUUUCACUCUUUGAAAAGCUGCAGCUUGAUGAUAUUGGGUUGGAGUUUUUCGUGUUUCCCGUCGUGUUGAAGUUAUGCGGUGGGCUCCGAGUAUUGGAACUGGGAAGGCAGUUGCAUGGGGUGGUGAUCAAGUAUCAACAUGUUUCGAAUAUUUAUGUGGGAAAUGCUCUGAUAGAUAUGUAUGGUAAAUGUGGAAGCUUAGAUGAUGCGAAGAAGGUUUUAGCAUCGAUGAGAGAGAUUGAUCGGGUUUCGUGGAACUCCAUUGUUACCGCUUGUGCUGCCAAUGGCAAGGUGUAUGAGGCUUUGGGGCUUCUGGAAAGAAUGUCUUGUUCUGAAAAUUCAAAGCCAAAUCUUGUUUCUUGGAGUGCAGUUAUAGGUGGGUUCGCACAGAAUGGCUACGACAAGGAAGCUCUUGAGCUGCUGUGCAGAAUGCAAGCAGCAGGGUUUGAACCAAAUGCCCGAACCCUAGCUAGUGUUCUUCCUGCCUGUGCCAGAUUACAAAACCUAAACCUUGGCAAGGAAAUCCAUGGCUACGUCACGAGACACGGGUUCAUGUCCAACCCUUUCGUUGUGAAUGGAUUGGUAGAUGUGUAUAGGAGGUGCGCUGAUAUGGGAAGCGCUCUCAAGAUCUUUUCAGGGUUUUCGGUGAAAAAUGUGGUUUCGUAUAAUACAAUGAUAGUAGGGUACUGUGAGAAUGGUAAUGUGGAAAAGGCCAAGGAGUUGUUUGAUCAGAUGGAGCUGGUGGGGAAGGAUACAAUUUCAUGGAACUCGAUGAUUUCAGGAUAUGCUGACAACUUACUGUUUGAUGAAGCUUUGAGCAUGUUCCGGGAUUUGCUGAUGGAAGAAGGGAUUGAAGCUGAUUCUUUUACCCUAGGGAGUGUUCUUGCUGCUUGUGCAGAUAUGGCUUCUUUGAGACGAGGGAAGGAGGUACAUGCUCAAGCCGUUGUUAGAGGUCUGCAUUGGAAUACCUUUGUGGGUGGAGCUUUGGUUGAAAUGUACAGCAAAUGUGAAGAUUUGAAGGCUGCUCAGUUGGCUUUUGAUGGAGUAACGGAAAGGGAUACUGCUACAUGGAACGUGUUGAUCUCUGGCUAUGCCUGCUGCAAUCAGCUUGAGAACAUUCAGAAUCUUAUUCAGAAGAUGAAAGGAGAUGGUUUUGAGCCAAAUGUAUAUACCUGGAAUGGAAUUAUUUCGGGUCAUGUGGAGAACGGCCACAAUGAGCUUGCUCUGAGAUUAUUCACUGAGAUGCAGACUUCAAGUCUGAGGCCUGAUAUAUACACAGUUGGAAUAAUUUUACCUGCCUGCGCAAGGUUGGCGACCAUUGCACGAGGCAAGCAGGUUCAUGCACAUUCAAUAAGACAAGGAUAUGAGUUGGAUGUUCACAUUGGAGCAGCUCUAGUGGACAUGUAUGCAAAAUGCGGAAGCAUAAAGCAUGCAAUGCAGGUCUAUAACAGGAUCUCAAACCCUAAUUUGGUGUCUCAAAACGCCAUGCUUACUGCAUAUGCAAUGCAUGGACAUGGGGAUGAAGGAAUUGCCCUAUUUCGUAACAUGCUGGGAAAUGGCUUUAGACCUGACCAUGUGACUUUCCUAUCAGUUCUUUCUUCAUGUGUGCACGCUGGGGCAGUUGAGACUGGCCAUGAGUUCUUUGAUCUGAUGACGUAUUAUAAUGUGACACCAAGUUUAAAACACUACACAUGUAUCGUUGAUCUCCUAAGUCGAGCAGGAAGGCUAGACGAAGCUUAUGAGCUCGUUAAGAAAAUACCAAGGAAGCCUGAUUCAGUUAUGUGGGGUGCCCUACUUGGGGGAUGUGUUAUUUGGGGUAACGUUGAGUUGGGAGAAAUUGCAGCAGAAAGUCUCAUAGAGUUGGAACCAAAUAAUACUGGAAACUAUGUUCUGCUGGCAAACUUGUAUGCUUAUGCAGGGAGGUGGCAUGACCUAGAUAGAACAAGGCAGAUGAUUAAGGAUAGGGGAAUGCACAAGAGCCCAGGAUGCAGUUGGAUUGAAGAUAGAGAAGAUAUUCAUGUGUUUCUUUCCUGUGACAAAUCUCAUGAGAAAACAGAGGAUAUUUAUACAACUCUAGAUAAUUUGAACACUCACAUGAGAACAGGGUUAGAACACGUAUAUAAUUGUAAGAAUAUAGCAUGAGAUUCGAAGCUAUGUAUCAUAUUUGUACAACUUGAAAGCAUAAGUUUUCUCCA